GCGGCCGGUCCUCCCGCGGCCGCCCCCGGGACUCGGAAGGGCCGCCGGGGGUGUUGGCACCGCGUGGCGCGCGGGGCCGCCGCCGCCGCCGCCGCCCGGGUCGGCCCGGAGAAACCCUCUAUGUGGGCAUUGCUGGGACCCUCAUCACAAGGAACAAUGCUGCCCCGAUGGGAACUGUCUUUUUACCUGCUCGCUUCGCUCGGCUUCCACUUCUAUUCUUUCUAUGAAGUUUACAAAGUCUCCAGAGAACAUGAAGAGGAACUGGACCAAGAAUUUGACCUGGAACCUGGCCCUUUAUUUGGAGGACUAAAGAAGGACCAGACCGACUUUGAGUGGACCUUCUGGAUGGAGUGGGGGAAGCAGCGGCUCUUGCAGCUCCUCGUGGGUCACAUGGCUGUGUCUCAGCUGGCCACCUGGCUUGCAGGGCAGCACAGGCCCUGGAUCCUCACAGCCUACGGAAUGUGGGCCUGCUGGUGUGUGCUGGGAACCCCAGGAGUAGCCAUGGUUUUUCUCCACACGACCGUCUCCUUCUGCGUAGCCCAGUUCCGCUCACUGUUCCUGUCAUGGCUCUGUUCUCUCUCCCUGCUCUCCACACUGAGGCUGCUAGAUGUGGAGAAAAUUAAGAGAGGGUGGUACCAGACGGAAAACGAGUACUUCUUGCUGCAGUUCACACUGACCGUUCGCUGCCUAUACUACACUAGCUUCAGCCUUGAGUUCUGCUGGCAGGAGCUGCCCACGAGGCACGUCUCCUGCUCCUUUCCCUGGAUGCUGGCCUAUGUCUUCUAUUACCCAGUCUUCCACAACGGGCCCAUCCUCACCUUCCCGGACUUCAUCGGACAGAUGCAGCAGCGGGAACACUGCUCACCCAGGGCCAAGCUCUCUGUCCUUGUCCUGGGGAUAUGCCGCCUCAUCUGCUAUUGGCUGUUGGCCGAGCUGAUGGUGCACCUGAUGUACAUGCACGCCAUCUACAGCAAGGCCCCCCUCCUGAGGGCCGUCUCCUGGUGGACCUUAGGAGGUCUGGCGUUGGCCCAGGUGCUCUUUUUCUAUGUGAAGUACUUGGUGCUCUUCGGCGUCCCAGCUCUGCUCAUGCGCCUGGACGGACUCACGCCGCCGCCCCUCCCUCGCUGUGUGAGCACCAUGUUCAGUUUCACGGGGAUGUGGAGGUAUUUUGACGUUGGACUGCAUGAUUUCUUAAUCAGGUAUGUGUAUAUCCCAGCGGGCGGGUCCCAGAAUGGCCUGCUGGGGACGCUGUUCUCCACUGCAAUGACGUUUGCAUUUGUGAGCUUCUGGCAUGGUGGGUAUGACUACAUCUGGUCCUGGGCAGCACUCAACUGGCUGGGAGUCACCGUGGAGAACGGAGUCCGGAGGCUCGUGGAGACCCCGUGCGUCCAAAACAACUUGGUCCAGUUCUUCUCCCCGCAAGCUCUCCGGCGGUUCCACGCUGCUCUUGCAUCUUGUUCCACCUCCAUGCUGAUCCUGUCCAACCUGGUGUUUCUCGGAGGCAAUCAAGUGGGGAAAAUCUACUGGAAUAGGAUCUUCAUACAAGAAAAUUGGUUUGCGGUGUUUGAUUCUGAGCAGCCUACAGGAGAGGAAGAGAGCUUCACUGUGAGCAUUCCCAUGAGCCCGCUGAAGUCUGUCCCCUUCAGAGGCUGGACAGCUCAGGACACGAGGCCUGCACAGUUGAACAGCAUUGCCGGAAGGGACCCGGGGCAGCAGGCCACGAAUCCCAGUCUCGGCUCACUGUCCCCCGCAGGCCCACCCCCCAGGGCCGUGGGCCAGAGUCAGGAGCCCCAGAAAACACGAUGUUCCUUCAGACUGGGAUCUCUAAGGCACAAAAAUGUCUUUCUCUGUAACUUGAGAUCCAAAAAGUGUCUGAGUCAUUUUUUUAUGUCAGGUAAAUAUCCUUAUAAGCACUUCACUGAAAACCUGCCAAAUCCAGUGAUAUUUCCAUAGCCUUCAAGAACGUGGCCUUCUGUUCCCAGGCAGACAGGAUGCCCCUCCUUGCCCUGCCCCCGACUCAGUAGUCUUUUCUUUUAACCUCAAGAUUUGUCUGUACCUUCUGUGAGGCGAUGGGGGGAGAGUGACAUUUUGUAGGACUGAGUUGGAAGGGGUCAGGUGGGGGUCGUCUAGUCCUACCUCUCAACUGAGGCAGACAACAGACACCUCUUGGAACUCUGCCUGAAUGCUGACAGGGAUGGGGAGGCAGGGUGCCCUCUCUCAUGGGGAGGGUCUAAAAGGCAGCACCCCUUUCCAUAGUGUGCAAGUCCACCUCCUCUAACUGUCUGCUGGCCCCGGUUCUGUCUUCUGGAGUGACACAGAAUGAGUCUGAUUCCUUUUCCCUGUGAACUUGUGGCCUUUUUCCAGGCUGAACUCUGUCCUGGCAGCACAUGCACGCUGCAGCGCCCUUCCAGACCUGCCUCGAAGUAGCUUCUGUAGCGACAGCACCUCUAGUAAAACAU